GCCCCCGUACCCGGCGCAGGAGCCACCUCCGGGAGCCCCGCAGGCCACGCCUCAGUUCGCCAGCGCCCCUCAGCCUCGCCACUCUGCUCUUAGGGCUCCUCAGCCUCUCCGCUCGCCUUUGAUUUUCCUCAGUCCUCUGACUUUUAUCCCUUUGCCCAGUCGAAGCCGGGCAGUGCCACGAGAAGACCCCCACAGCAGCCCCAAGAGUGGUGCCAGAAGCGCAGCCUCUGCUCCUCCUCGAGCCUCACCAGAGGGAACUGCUAGCUGCCGCCAUCAUGUCUGCUGCAAAUCCUGAGACUCCAAACUCCACCAUCUCCAGAGAGGCCAGCACUCAGUCCUCAUCAGCUACAACCAGCCAAGGCUAUGUUUUACCAGAAGGCAAAAUCAUGCCAAACACCGUUUUUGUUGGUGGAAUUGAUGUUAGGAUGGAUGAAACCGAAAUUAGAAGUUUCUUUGCUAGAUAUGGUUCAGUAAAAGAAGUGAAGAUAAUCACGGAUCGAACUGGUGUGUCCAAAGGCUAUGGAUUUGUUUCAUUUUAUAAUGAUGUGGAUGUGCAGAAGAUAGUAGAAUCACAGAUAAAUUUCCAUGGUAAAAAGCUGAAACUGGGACCUGCAAUCAGGAAACAAAAUUUAUGUGCUUAUCAUGUGCAGCCUCGUCCUUUGGUUUUUAAUCCUCCACCUCCACCACAGUUUCAGAGUGUAUGGAGUAAUCCAAACACUGAAACUUAUAUGCAGCCUCCAACCAUGAUGAAUCCUAUAACUCAGUAUGUUCAGGCCUAUCCUCCUUAUCCAAGUUCACCUGUUCAGGUCAUCACUGGAUAUCAGCUGCCUGUAUAUAAUUAUCAGAUGCCACCACAGUGGCCUGCUGGAGAACAAAGGAGUUAUGUUAUACCCCCGGCUUAUACUGCUGUUAACUACCACUGUAAUGAAGUUGAUCCAGGAGCUGAAGUUUUGCAAAAUGAAUGUUCAGUUCAUGAAGCUACUCCAUCCUCAGGAAACGGCCCACAAAAGAAAUCUGUGGACAGAAGCAUACAAACUGUGGUAUCUUGUCUAUUUAACCCAGAGAACAGACUGAGAAACUCUCUUGUUACUCAGGACGACUACUUCAAGGAUAAAAGAGUACAUCACUUUAGAAGAAGUCGAGCAGUGCUUAAAUCUGUUUGAUCCUCUCUGCUAACUUUCUAGUCUCGUGGAAAGUUGCUGGUUUUGAAUAUUAAGAAGAGACUGAAAGUUUUCACUAUUAUAGAAGUUUAAUUCUGAAUUUUGAUAACUCACACUCAGACUUUCUUACAUAAGUUGUGGUAGAUUGCCUAGUUUUAUUUUACAUUGAAACUGUUCAUUAGAUAUUUAUUUAGAAACUGGUUCUGUGUUCAAUAUAUAGUUGAAAGUAAAAAAUAAUUGAGACUGAAAGGAAUAACUUUAUCUGUAAGGAUUUUUUUAAAAUUGAAACUGACAUUUUAAGAGUUUAAAAGCAAUUGCUGAUUUUCCGAAAAUUAGAAAACCUAUUUUGAAAGGUCAGAAUUUUGAUAGUUUGAAUUUUCAAGCAUUUCACUUCUCCAACAAGUACUUGUGAACAGUACAAUAUUUACAGUAUUGUUCUUUACACUUAUGAUUUGUCUCGAAAUUUACCACAAAAGCAGAGUUUUUAAAACUAUUUUUAAUCAGUGGAACUCAAUAUAUAGUUAGCUUUAUUGAAGUCUUCCUUGUCUAAACCCAGUAAAAGAGAGUCUAAACAAACAGUCCAAUCAGUGGGUCUUAAGUUUAUUAGUUCAAAGUACUUGUUUUUUAUCUAGAAUCCACACAUAGAUAUCUUAUUUGAUUGGGAUGCUAAUUAGGGUAACUAAAAUUCUGGGCAUAAUUUUUUUAAAAAUCCAAAACAAAACUUUACUAGGUACAUAAGCUGCUUCUCAGUGAGUUACCAUUCUCCUUUUUUCUUUCAUUUUUUUCCCCUUGAAAUGCUAAACUCAAUGGCUGUAUCUUAAAUUGUGCAAAAUACUGCUAUUAAAGAAUGCUGAAACUUUUUUUAUGUCACUUAAAAGGUUAAUCAGAGUAUCUGAAAGGAAUUGUUUUUAUAAAAACAUUGAAAUAUUAGUUAUUUGUUAAAGAGCAAAUAGAUUUUAUUUUUGCCUGUUAACCUAUUAUAGUUCCCUUUUUAAAGUAAAAUAUGUUUAAAAGAGUCAAAGUGGCUGUGUUUCAAACCACUUAAGUUUUAAGUGUAUCUCUAGAAUAUACUAGGACAGAGCUAACAAUCAUUUCUAGAUUAGCUAGUCUCCUUGUUAGAUGUUGUAAAUUGUGACAGACAGCUAGAGCACUAGAGCCCCUUUGCUGCCCUUACAAGUCUUGAUUUUCCAGUCUGUAGCACCAUUCUUCCAGGAGGUUUGCUCCUUGAACAGAUGAUAUAAAGAAGAGAAGUAGCAACUUAAACAGUUUGAGGGCUAAGCCUUGAAAAGGUGGCAACAGGACAAAACCUUUCUAAGGGAAACACUGGAUCAGCAUCAUUUGACCUGCCAUGAAAAUGAGUUUAAAGUGGCUUCCUGGCCUUUCUUUCAUUGGUCCCUUCACUAAAAACAUGGAGACUCUAUUUAGCCCUAACGUAACGCAACUACUGUGGGCCAUAUCAUCAGUCUUCAUUGUUGUCUUAUAAUCCCUAAUAAUUUUUACUCUGAAUCUGAAGGGAAGAGUCUUUUAACUUAAGGAUCCCUGAGAGGGCUUUCUUAUGCCUCAGAAUUUGAAAGUGCCCUGAAAUUUGUCCUUUAAAAAAUUCUCUGUACUUUUUUUGGGGUGUGCUAUAACAUUCUUACAUGUAUCAUUCUGUGAUUAAAUUUCCAGGUUACUCUAAAUGAUACCUAAAUUUGAAAGAGCCAAUUCUAAUUAUCCCAAUGUGACCUUAAGAAAAGUAAGAGAAUAAACUUUAUUUUUCUGCUUUUUUGUUGGACUGAAGUAUUUAAAAGAGUAAGGUAGAAAUAAGAGACAAAAAGUCCUGAACCUUUCAAAAUGGAAAAUUAAUUUUAAACUUCUAAGUAUGUUCCUAUUGCCUAUUGUUGAAACUGUUUUUGCAUAAAUGAAUAAACAGAAAUAAAGAAACU